AUGCGAGUAAGAGAGCUUGCCGAAACAGCACAGUUAGGACAGAAUACACAGCAGCGACUAGAACAACAACUUCUACAAAUGGAACAUCGGACGUAUCUUUGGUUACACUUAGCUAUUGACGAUAUUCGAUCAACAUUUGAGAAUAGCUUUCGGCCUGCUGAGGAAUCCGUCCGACUGAUACCACCUUCCGUGAAUCACGCUUACGAAAGGAUCCUCGAUCGAGUGCCUCCCGAUAAAGUACAUACCGUGAAGAAAGUCUUACAGAUUAUUAUAGCAGCACGGCGGCCUUUAACAACGACUGAAAUGGCCAUGGCGCUGGGUAUAACCCUCUACCCAGAAUCACAGACUGCAGUAGAGGCGAUGCUAGAUUCAUCACAGAUAGAUAAGAAGCUACGGCGCUUAUGUGGACUUUUUGUUUUCAUCAACAACACCAAAAUCUACCUGAUUCACCAGACCGCAAGGGAGUUUCUCAUUUUCAAGGCCAAUAUGAACAGUGUCCAUGACUUAUAUUCGUGGUGCCUUAUUGAUACAGAGGAUCAAAUGGCCUCUAUUUGCUUGAAAUACUUAUCAAUGGAGGACUUGGAAGCUGAAAAAGAAGAGUUGAGCUCCGAUGCUCUGAGCUUCUUGGAAUACUCAGCAGUCUAUUGGGCCGAUCAUGUGCGGAAGAUGAGUUCAAAUUCAAGCCAAGAAUUAAAUGAUCGAUUACAUCAGGUAUAUAAAUCAAGUGGGAAUUUGUUUUCUCUAUGGUUUCCCAUCUUUUGGAAGGCUGUUAUGCCAAUCCACACGAUACCAUCGAUGAAGGCACUGCAUCUGGCCGCAUUUAAUGGCCAUGAGCGUGAAGUCAAGCAUCUGCUGACUAUCAAUGGAAGUGAUAUCAAUGCAGCAGACGAUACAAGUACAUACCCGAUCACAUGGGCGUCAUGGAAUGGACAUGCUGAGGUUGUGCAGAUACUGCUGGAUAAUGGAGCUGAUGUUAAUUCCUUGGGUGGUUGGUACGGAAAUGCCCUCCAAGCAGCAUGCUUGGGAGGACGCGACAGAAUUGUGCAGAUACUGCUAGAGAAAGGAGCUGAGGUCGACGCCCAAGGAGGAGAGUACGGAAAUGCCCUACAAGCUGCGUCUUCUAAAGGACACGACAAGAUUGUGCAGAUGCUGCUUGAGAAAGGAGCCGAUGUCAACGCCCAAGAUGAAUGGACCGGAAAUGCCCUCCAAACAGCAUCUUCUAAAGGAUACGACAAGAUUGUACAGAUGCUGCUUGAGAAAGGAGCCGAUGUCAACGCCCAAGAUGAAUGGACCGGAAAUGCCCUUCAAACAGCAUCUUCUAAAGGAUACGAUAAGAUUGUGCAGAUGCUGCUUGAAAAAGGAGCCGAUGUCAACGCCCAAGAUGAAUGGACCGGAAAUGCCCUUCAAGCAGCAUCUUCUAAAGGAUACGACAAGAUUGUGCAGAUGCUUCUUGAGAAAGAAGCCGAUGUCAACGCCCGAGAUAGACUAGACGGAUAUGCCCUCCAAGCAGCAUGUUUUGGAGGACAUGGCAGAAUUGUGCAGAUGCUGCUAGAGAAAGGAGCCGAGGUCGACGACCAAGGUUGA